UAUGAGAGCCCUAAUUCUUCUCGCCGUGGUGGCAAGCGUCAGUGUCUAUGGGCAAUUCUCGAAAGCCGGACAGAAAGCCAUCGUCGAUGCCCAUAAUACGCUGAGAUCUUCCAUUGCCAAAGGCACCUAUGUGGCGAAUAAGACCAGGAAGGAGCCGGGAAGCAAUAUUUUGAAAAUGAAAUGGGACCCCACUAUCGCCAAAUCCGCCCAAGCCUACGCCAACACAUGCCCCACUGGACACGGAAAAUCAAAGUACGGAGAAAAUCUCUACUGGCGUUGGUCUGGCGCUGUUAUAAAGAGCAUUGACGAUUACGGAGUGCGCGCUUCAGGCGCAUGGGCUAGCGAGUUCCAAAAGUAUGGAUGGAAAACCAACAAGCUGGAUUCGGCUCUCUUCAAGACUGGCAUCGGACACGCUACUCAAAUGGCGUGGGCUUCGACUGGAUCGAUCGGGUGUGGCGUGAAAAAUUGCGGGAUGGAUAAGAAUAAAAUGUACAAGGUUGCCGUGGUGUGUCAGUACAGUGCGCGCGGAAACAUGAUCAACAACAACAUCUACACCGCCGGAAAGACAUGCUCCGCGUGUCCAGCAAAGACCAAGUGCGAGAAGGCGACCGGGCUUUGUGUUUAGUUUCCAAUUGAAUAAAUUAAUUUCCUCGAUC